AUGCCAGAUUCGGACCCAAAUACACCUCCAGUUUCAAGGCAAUAUGAGCCUGAAUUAUUGUCUGAAUAUCCUUCUUUAGUUUUUGAGAAUCACCUACUCACCUCACCUACUAGUCCUACAGAGGAAGUACGCGGCAGUUCUUCAUACUACAAGCGUUCUCGGCGCUUAAAAAAUGAAGAAGCAACUAUAGAAGAUGAUAAUGAUAGCACUGUAAGACUCAUAGACACAGAGCUAGAAGAACUGUCUCCUGGUGGUGAACUAAUACAUUGUUCCUGUCACUUGCUUAGUAGUGUUUGUACCCAGUUACAGACCAAUGUGGAUAAACUGAACGAAAGCCAUAAAAAAGCGUUAAAGCGUAUAGAACAAUUGGAAGAAAUUGUUGAAGAAUUAAGAAGAAGGUAA